UCCCGCCCGCCCCGGGUCUCCGGUAGACCCAGGCCUUCCCCGGGAGGGACCAUGCGACCCGAGCAGGCCACGGCCUGGUACCGGCGGAUGUCCGCGGUGUACGCGGCGGGUGCCUGGACCCUGUUGGGCUCUUUGUUUUUAUUCGGCCGGAAGAAAGUCUCGCCACCAGAUGGUGAAAUAGAGGAAAAGAAUGUCUCAACAAAAGAAAUAACUGAGCACCCAAAAGGGUUUUAUGUAGAAACGAUUGUCACAUAUAGAGAAGAUUUUGUUCCAGUUACUGAGAGGAUUCUCAACUAUUUGAAAUCAUGGACUGGUGGCCCUGGAUCAGAAUCAUGACUGACUGCUGAGUUCACAAAAUCAGGACUUCAUGUCAGCAUAUAAAUUUGAUAGAUGACUUGAUUUCUGCUUCAUGUCUGUGAAAAAGUGUAUACCUUUAAUUAAUAUUUCUGUAAAAUAGAACCAUUAAUAAAAAAUAAUAUAUGUUUCCUUCUGUGAAAGGAAAUUUGUAUAUUCAAAUGGUGUUCUCUAUACUUACCCUGAAUGGCUGAAGGGAAAUUUCACACUGCACUUCAAUAAUCUUGGUUUUCUGAUACUAGUUCAUACUAUAGGUGUGCUUCUACUUCUACUUGGAUUUUCUUAUGAACAGAUAAACUUACUGCAUCGAUAAGUGCACUGUUAUAAAUGUAUUUUCAUUAUGAUUUUCUUAACAUUUUCUUUUCUCUAUUUUAUGUUAUUGUAAGAACACUAAAUAAUCCUUUGUGAAGGACAUUGGACCACUUCCAAAAUUGGAAAGGGGUCAAGGAAACUGGUUAGAAAUGCUGCAGCCAGGAUGUAACCCCUGCUGGAUAGCUGCUGAGUACAGGCAUUGGGAACAUCGUAAUAUUGGGAGCAGGCUUCUCCUGCCAGGACCCUGCCUCUGAUGCUUCUGACAGCAGGGAGACUCCCUUUCCCCCCUCUCCCCCCCAGCCAGAAUGACUUACCACAGCCACCUGGCUCCCGUUAUUCUGUCUGAAUCUCAUUUUCAUGCAGGGACAACUGAUGCUGUCUUGGUCACAGGCUUGGACCCUAACUGAAAGGAGGCUGGGAAAUGAGUUUUCUGGCUUCUUCAUCCUUCUCUUGAUGUAUGGAGUUUUAAUGUGAGAAGUUUCCUAAAUAUAUUUGAGAUACUCACAUGUCCAGGCAGUAAGCUAGACUUUCAUUUGGAGAUAUCAAAAUAACCAGAAUCUGAAGGUUAGCUUCUCCAGGAAGGGUCCUCUAGUCUCUCCCUGGAGGGUAGAUGCCUGGUUGUAGGGAUUUUGGGAGCUGUUUGGGUGUGUGUGGGUCUUACUCUGAAUAAAAGUUUCUUGUCGUUUGUUGCCACAUCCUUGUUCUCUAUUGGCUGAAUUCAUGAGGAUCUCCAAGUAGAAACCUCGAAUCUCCUCUGUAAAGUUCAGGGAGGUUACUGGAGUAGGAGUGGGCAACUGGGGGGUCAAAUGCUUCUUACACAGACUCAAAAAUUCCUCUAUUUCAGCAUCCCCACUACCCCUGCUUCUCUACCUUUUGCUUCCAGUUACUGAGCCCUUUCAUAUUUCUAUAAGACUAAGUAAAUGGCUUCUCCCCAGUUUCCCCUUGCGGGCCCUGAUAAAGAUUCUUUGCUUAGCCAGACUAGGCUCCUGAACCUUCUCUUGGCCCAAUAUCUGAUAACACUCAAUAUCAGAUCUGGGUCCUGAUACUCCACUGUUCUGCAGAUAAUGUCUAUACCCUGGCUUGUCUUCAGCAAGAAUCCUUUUGGUCAGUUUAACCAGGUCCCUUCUCCCGCAUACUUCAUGUUUUCUUUGGGUAAUUUUGCAUCUACUGACCCUCCUGUUCCUUGGCCAUAAAUUCCCAUUUGCCAAUGCUGUAUCAGGAGUUGAGCUGUAUUUCUUCCCCACUGACAAAUUAUAUUCCAGUGGUCCCUACGUCCAUUCCAUAGACAAUGUGCCCUCUCCCCACAAUGUCUUCCUUACUGUGCUUUAACAAGGGUCUUUGAAUAACUGUCCUUAGGUUUCCAUGUUUGUGUUGAAGGCCACAUCCAAGGUAAGGUGUAUUUUGAGUGGGAUUCCUGAAAGGGAAAAAGUAUGUGGGGCUUGGAGUUGAUAUCAUGGGAGGGCUAUUUGGCCAUGUUUUUGUAUUUGUCCAUCUCAAGUUCAGCAUAUAUAAAAAUGAACAUGGAACUCUCCUGGUAUCAGUCCAUUUUCAGAGAUGAACAUCACUAUCCAAUUGUGUGUUGAUGGUGUCAAAGGUAAAAUGCCUAAAUGGCUGGUGUCAAAGAAGCAGCAAAAUUUCUCCAGGAAACUGAAAUUAACCCAAUGGAACUGAAAAAAUAUGCUUUUUAGGACAUUGUGCUCCAGUGUGUUCUAGGAUGCAGAGGACUGGACUUUAAAAUUUCUGGGUUUCUGGGGAGCUCUGCAUUAACUCAUUUCCAAAAUGACAGCUAUGGCCAAAGUAUAUGUGGUUAUGAAGUAUGCUUAGCUUAUUUGACUCAAGGAUCAUUUUCCAAGAGAAUAUCUACUUCUCACCCAAUACUGAAGAGAAGAUAUCCCCUUUUUACAGAUAAGAGUGCUGAGGCUAAAUAAGGUUAAACCAUCCUCAGAUCACAUAGAAAGUGGCGAGCUAGUAUAGAAGCCAGUGUUUUUCUGGCACUAAAAUUAAGCUUUGCUAAAGAACGUUCCUAAUGACUGAGACCUAGAAGACAGAUAAAUUAUGAUGCAUACAUACUACAAUUCUAAUAUAUAUAUAGUCAUCCUGUGCAGACAAAAACAACCGUACAGUUACUAAUAGAUAACUGUAAAUCUAUGAUACACUGUUAACCAAAAAUUUGAAUUCGCACAUUUAUUUAGUCAGCAGUAUUAACUGGACCCCAGGCACUGUGUUAGUGCAUGGGCGACACAAAUAGAACACAACAUAAUAGGCAAUAGAGUAAUUGAAAGUUGUCAGAAGAUUCUGAGGGCAAGAUGACAGGCUGGUGAUGGUGAAUGAGGGAACAGUGACACCAGGGUGUGUUCUCUGGGAUCCCCUUUAGGGGAUCUGUGAUUUCCAACUUUUAAAGAAUAAUGUAAAGACGUUUGCCUUUUCAUAUUCUUUCAGGAGUGUACAAUGGAGUUUUCCAGAAUCUCCAUGGUAUAUUGCUCUGUGACCCCAUUGCUUUAAUGUUAAUAUACAAUGGAUUUACUAUUGUCAU